AAAAUAAUCUGUUCUGUCUGUUGCAUCAUCUUAUUGUGAUGAAAAUCAUUAAAGCAUGUCAUCACCUCAUUGCAGUUGUUGUGACAAUGCUUUUUUUACAUCACAAGUGAACAUAUAAAUUGCCAAUCUUGCCUUCAUGCACUGCUCUGCUGCUGUUCGGGGUGAAAGCAAGAAAACAUCAUCUUUCAUUGUAGUUUUCAUUCGGUUGAAAGGUCUCCUUUUUUUUUUCAAGAAAUGGUUGAAGAAAAAAGAGCCAGAGUCAUUUUGAACGUCACGUUUGUUCGUCCUGAAAAAUUCUACAUCAGUGGGUUUUAUAAUAUUCCUUACACUCAGUAUUUUUAUAUCUUCUUGUGUUUUGUCUAUGUAAUGACUGUUAUUGGAAAUGUGUUUCUCCUCUCAGUUAUCUGCUUGCUGAAGACUCUUCAUUCUCCCAAAUACAUGAUUGUGUUCAACUUGGCUUUGACAGAUCUGUGUGGAAGCACAGCUCUUAUCCCAAAACUCUUGGACACUUUUUUGUUCGACCGGAGAUAUAUUUUAUAUGAGGCUUGUUUAAGCUACAUGUUUUUUUUUUUGUUAUUUGGAAGUUUACAGUCAUGGACUCUUCUCUGUAUGGCCUAUGAUAGAUUUGUAGCAAUCUGCUUCCCACUGAGGUACCACAGCAUCGUGUCUAAAAGAUCUGUUGCUGUGAUUCUGCUGUUCAUGUGGUUGAUAAUAUUCUCUUUUCUUGCCUUUACAGUGGGGAACAUUAAUCGUCUGUCUUUCUGUGGUUCAUUAGUAAUCCAAAGCUUUCACUGCGACCAUGGACCGUUAAUAAGUCUAUCUUGCAAUGAUAGAUCUUUAAAUAAGAUUAUGGCAUAUGUUGCCUUAAUUCUAUUUAUGUGCAUUCCUCCUAUACUGAUAGUAAUAACUUAUGUUUUCAUUGCCAUUGCACUAAGCAGGAUUUCCUCAAAAGUGGAACGGCUCAGAGCACUAAAAACUUGUUCCUCUCACAUAAUUCUUGUAGCAACUUUCUUUUUACCUUUGGUUGCCACUAACAUAGCUUCUGUGGUCACCUACCUCCAUCCUAACAUUAGAAUAAUAAACUCCUGUUUUACACACACUAUCCCAUCUUUGCUUAAUCCUAUUAUUUACUCAUUAAAGACAGAAGAAGUGCUGAAUGCUAUAAAGAAACUGUUUCAAAGAAACAGACUUAAAAUAAUUGCAAAUUAA